GGCGGAGAGCGGCCCAGACCACCAGCAGCAACAACUACCGAGAGCCACUUCCAGAAAGUGAUCCAGGAGAGCGGAGCAUGUGAGGCUGAUCGAUCUGAGAGGAGAAUCUGAGUGGGAUCUCUGCUGCCAUCACAGCUGUCUAAAGGUGGGUCAGAGGUCAGCGCAGGAGGAAGACAACGCUGCCAUCCACCUGGAGGCUGGUAGGAGAACUGCAGCGGAUCCCUCAGGUUGAGGAUUGGCCUCUCCAGGUCUCCAUCUGAUGUGACGUCAUGGCGACCGGCCUGCAGCCGUCACGUCCUCCGGAUGUUUGAUCUUUGGUACCGGUACCAAACAGGAGGCCUUCCAUCGUUGUGGUACCUUCCCCCCCUCAUCAGGCUCGGACUGAACCUCUGAAGCCUGGAGCUGAUGCCGUCCAUCUGGACCUGCACCGUCUCACACCUCAGUCUGUCACUGCCCCUUCCUCACCUGAAGAGUUGAGAGGGACAAGAUGGAGGUGGAGGAGCUGACGGAGUCCUCUGUAGCGAAGUGGGUGGAGGACGGCUGAGAACUGAAAAGGUGUGACGUUUAGAGAAGAAAAAUCGUUAAAGAUGAUGUGGCUAACAGCAGGGGGGGUGGGGCCAGGGCCCUGGGGGUCAAGCCUGUUGAAGAACUGGUUAGGUCUCCUAUAGCCUGGGAGUUUGGUUUUCUCACAGCAACUUGACCUUUAUGCUUAAAGUUCUUGAUGAUUGUGAAUAUUUGAUUUCACAUGUUACUGGCACCAAAUGACCAAACAUUGCGUCUCCCAUAAAACACAUGUAUCCAUUUAAGGUAUAAAAUCUAAUAAACUUUCUAUUUCAAAAUGUCCAGAAGGUUUUGUAGCUUUAAACAUUCAGUGGAAUCAGUUCAAAUGUAAAAAGGUGCUGAGCCCAGAUCUGGACUCAGCCAGAAUUCAAUAAAUACUUUCUUGAUCCCAAAGGAAAUGUUGAUGCAACUCACAUUGAUUCAAAAUUCUUCAAAGAGUUAUUACAAAUGGACAAUAAUCUGUGAAUGCAACAACAACGGAGGCCGUUGGGUUAACCAGGAGGUUUGUGUCGGCCUCAGAGCUCCGUCCUUCACAUCUGAUUGUGAACCAUCAGCCAAGUGUUAUAUAAUAGUGAGGUUUGCUCAGUGUGGAAGGACUGCUGCACCCAACAAGGUCACUGGUCCCAGAUAAGUUCACACACACCUCUGACAGGAUCACAUAUUUACAAUCCAAAUCCUUUCUUGUCAAUAAAAACACUAGUACACAUGUUUACACAUGUUGAGCUGCCGCCCUCAUUAGAACCUGCAGUAGUUACAAGUCCACUAUGUUCUCUAUGUGAGACACUUGAUCCCCCCCCCCCCCCCACCUCCUCCUCCCCUGUUGUGUCCCAGACUGUACUACAAACAUGCAGUGCGCACAUGGAGCUGCAUGAGGGCGGAGCGCCGCAUAGUUUCCAGGCUAUAAAAGUGUGCGGGAAUGAGCGAGAAGUUUGGACUCUAGAAACACACCAGCUGUUCCUCCAGUCUUCUCAGGGAGACGCGACCCGUUUUCUUCCGCCGGAAGCAGAUCUGCUGUGCGCGGUGAUGCCGUGGCUGCGGUCCUCUUCCUCUUCCUCCCCCUCCUCCUCCUCCGAGCAGUGCCUCUCCUGCUCGCCGUGUCAGCGGGAGUGUGAGCGGACGGCGUUCUCCUUCUACUGCGCGGUGCGGGAGCAGCUCCCGGUCUGGCUGCUGGAGGAGAUGCGCAGCAUGGAGGUGUUCUGCUGGGACAACGGAAGCCCGAGAGCCUUCCUGCCGUCUGAAGCCCUGCUGUACGCUACAGUGCACGACCACCAGGACUAUGCGCGCUACCUCCUCAACAGGUACUCGGUGGGCGCGCUCCGAGCCCCGGCCUGCAGCUUCUGCUGCUGCCCCGGCAGCGGCGCGCCGCACCUGAGCGUGGCGGUGCGCUACAACCGCGUGGCCGUCCUCGGCAUGGUGAUGGAGGCGCUGAAGGACUGCGGCGGCCCGGCCCAGCGCAGGGAGUACCUGGACGGCCGCGGCGGCUGCCUUCACGCCGCGGACGCGGGGAAGACCGCGGUGCAGCUGGCGGUGGAGCUGUCGCAUCCCGAGUGCCUGCUGCAGCUGCUGGUCCACGGCGCUCGGCCCGACGGCCUCGAGGUGGCGCUGCAGAGGUUGGUGUCGUGCGUUGUCCCGGAGCGGCAGCAGGCGCAGCGGUGCCUCGACUUCCUGCUGCUGUUUCUGGCCAAGCCGCCGCCGCUGCCGUGCCUGCGGGACGAGCCGCAGCGCUGGCAGGGGCUGCUGGGGAACAGGGUGUUCAGCUGGCUCUGCGGCCUGGCCCCCUCCCCCCUGCUGCUGCAGGCGCUCCGGUGUCUGGCCCAGUCCGGAUCAGACCGCAUCACUUCGCUGCCGGACUUCCUGCAGCCGCACAGCUGACAGUGACGACAUCUGUUGUGGAAGACAACCCCGAAGGACUGCUGCGACUGGACAGUUUGAAUAUACUGUAAAUAACAUGUAAAUAUUCCCUAAAUAGACAUAUUAUAGUGAAAAUAAGCGGGCUCGUGGAAUCUAUACUGGAUUAAUGGAUCAUAAGCUUUAUUUAUGUGCUGGUUUAGUUGUAAUCUGGCAGUUGAAUGGUGCUGAAUAAAUGCCUGAUAUUUUUUUU